AUGGCCAGCUCCUCCUCCGCCCAGGACAUGCCGCUCGAGAUUCCCGAACCCAAAAGCCAUGCCAACAUGGCAUGGGUAGGAUUCUCCCUCGCCGCCGUGCAGGUUAGCCUCGCAGCAACAUGGCCUGCAGAGCGAUGGGCCCCAAAGUGGACGGCUAUAGCCGCCAGACCUGGUCCUAUAAACACAAAGCCCAGCUGCUGA